AUGAGAUUCGUUAUCGCCGAUUCUGAUGCAAGAGAAGAGGUGAUUCAGGCAUGGUACAUGGAUGAUAGUAAUGAAGAUCAGAGACUUCCUCACCACAAGGAUCCUAAAGAGUUUAUAUCUUUGGACAAACUUGCAGAGCUGGGAGUACUUAGCUGGAGACUUGAUGCUGAUAACUAUGAAACCGAUGAGGAAUUGAAAAAGAUUCGUGAAGCUCGCGGUUACUCCUACAUGGACUUCUGUGAGGUGUGUCCGGCAAAGCUUCCAAACUAUGAAGAGAAGGUAAAGAGCUUUUUCGAGGAACAUCUGCACACUGAUGAAGAGAUCCGUUAUUGCGUUGCAGGAAGUGGUUACUUUGAUGUGAGGGAUCGCAAUGAAGCUUGGAUUAGGGUAUGGGUAAAGAAAGGGGCGAUGAUAGUCUUGCCUGCUGGAAUAUAUCACCGCUUCACCGUGGACUCAGACAACUAUAUCAAGGCAAUGCGGCUUUUCGUGGGUGAACCGGUGUGGACACCAUACAAUCGCCCACACGACCAUCUACCUGCAAGGAAAGAAUACGUCGAUAAUUUCGUGAAGGUGGCUGGGGACCGUGCCAUAGACACCUCAGCGUAG